AUGAAGGAAUAUACAUACGAGGUCGACCGUUCGUGGGAGAAACAACGACGACCAGUUGUUAUUGACCAUCAUCAACGUCAACGUCAUCAACGACAACCUAUAGGAGACGACGCUGCUGUAGACGCCGACGCCAGUAGCAUGAGUGAGACGACGUCAGAGUCCGGUGUCAGCGAUCUUGAAACAAGUAUGACUGAUUUCCGUUGUACAUGUUGUCCUUAUGGUUAUCAUCUGGAUACGGAUUUCACAAAGUUUCUUGACGAUAUGUAUGGACCUGAUGUGCUACGUACAUUGAAAAAAAUUGAACGAAAACGGAAUGAUGUACGCCGUCGUUUAAUUAAUGAACAGGUAUAG